AUGGGCUUCACUGGUGUGACGUUCACCGUUGACAUCAACAAUCCCCAUCUUACUUUUCAUCCAAGACACGAGAUAGUAGCUACAAUCGCACAAAUAUACCUCCGCCUAAUCUUCCUACCGACCCUAUGCACCAUCAUCGACUUUUCCUCCACCAACCUCUCCCCUCUGGACUCGACAUGCCACAUAGCACCCGUAGCAACCUGGGCAGACCGAUACAAAUCCAACAUGACUUGGUCCGCCCAGCUGCACUUCAUCGGCGCUCUAGACGACCACCCCCCUUCUUCCUUGCGCGUUCCCAGGAAAGAACGGCUGGGCUGGGACAAAGCGCGUUAA